GUAUAAAUUAAAAAUUUAAAAAUUUAUUUGAAUACAAGAGUGUAUUUACCUACUCAAAUGUAAUAAAAGUAUUAAAAUAUAUUUAAAUAAAGUUGUGCAAUUCUGGAACUUGUUCCAUAUUUUAUGUCCCCAAUUCUCCUCAAACUCCAUCAGCUCCCAUUUGUCGAACAGGUUGUCCAUGGGCCAAGCCAUUUACAGCCCAUUAUUUAACUGAUUAAUGCAUAAAAGAAACCUGAACGGCUGAACCCGCCAUAUCCAAAUAAUCUCUGUUGAAAUUGGCAGCAUCCCUCUUUCAGAAUAGCUAAAAUUGCUCUAACUGCUGCAAAACCCCCUCACAGACUUCUUGAAGAGAAGUUUAUUUCUCUCUUACAAUCAUGUAAGACCUUAAAACAUCUCUUCCAAAUCCAAACCCAAAUAUUGACUCAUGGCUUUGACCAGAACAAGUACAUAUCUCCAAGAUUUAUGGCAGCAUGUGCUCAAAUGAAGCAAAUGGGCGUUGCCCAGAAAGUGUUUGAUAAAAAUCCUGAACCAAAUGCGGCUCUAUGGAACUCAAUGAUUAAAGGGUAUGCAGAAAAUGGGUUUUAUGUAAAAGUUUUAUUCUUGUUUAGUCAAAUGAAAAGCAUGGAUUUUUCAUUACCCAAUUGCUUUACUUUUCCUAUUGUUCUUAAAUCUUGUUUGAAGUGUAACGCUUUGACAGAAGGUGAGGAGGUGCAUUGUGUAGUGAUAAAAAGUGGUUUUAAAGGAAACCCUUUUGUGGGAACUACGUUAAUCGAGAUGUAUUCUGGUUCGAGAGUGAUUGGAGCAGCUUAUAGAGUGUUUAGUGAAAUGGUUGACAGGAAUGUUGUUGCUUGGACUUCAAUUAUUAAUGGGUUUAUUUUAUGUCGUGAUUUAGUUAAGGCACGUUGUCUUUUUGAUUUGGCUCCGGAGCGCGAUAUUGUGUUGUGGAAUAUUAUGGUUUCGGGCUAUAUUGGAACGGGGGAUAUGGUAGAAGCAAGGAAGCUUUUUGAUCAGAUGCCGAAAAGGGAUGUAAUGUCAUGGAAUACAAUUUUGCAUGGCUACGCUAGUAAUGGGGAUGUUGAGGCUUGUGAGAGGUUGUUUGAAGAGAUGCCUGAGCGGAAUGUUUUUUCAUGGAAUGGAUUGAUUGGAGGGUAUGCAAGAAAUGAGUGUUUCUUGGAGGUUUUGGAUGCUUUCAAGAGGAUGUUAAUUGAUGGUAAUGUUCUUCCUAAUGAUGCUACACUUGUGACUUUGUUGUCCGCAUGUGCAAGGUUAGGAGCUUUAGAUUUGGGAAAAUGGGUUCAUGUAUAUGCUGAGAACAAUGGAUAUAAAGGAAAUGUUUAUGUUGGGAAUGCUUUAAUUGAUUUGUAUGCAAAAUGUGGGCUGAUAAAGAAUGCUGUUGAUGUGUUCAAGAGCAUGGAUAAGAAGGAUUUGAUAAGUUGGAACACAAUAAUUGGAGGCCUAGCAAUGCAUGGGCGUGGAGCUGAUGCCUUAUAUCUCUUUUCUCAAAUGAAGAAUGGUGGAGUGAUUCCAGAUGGAAUUACCUUCAUAGGUGUUUUGUGUGCCUGUACACAUACGGGUUUAGUUGAAGAUGGCAUUUCUUAUUUCCAAUCUAUGGUAGAUGAUUACUCAAUUGAACCUCAGAUUGAGCAUUAUGGUUGUAUGGUUGAUCUGCUAGCUCGAGCUGGUCUUUUACCACAGGCUAUGGAUUUUGUGAAGAAAAUGCCAAUGGAGGCAGAUGCUGUUAUUUGGGCUGCCAUACUUGGAGCAUGUCGGGUUUACAAAAAUGUUGAAUUUGCCGAACUUGCUCUUGAACAGCUCAUUAAAUUUGAGCCAAAUAACCCUGCAAAUUUUGUCAUGCUUGCAAACAUAUAUGGGGAUCUUGGUAGGUGGAAGGAUGUGGCAAGAUUAAAAAUUGCAAUGAGAGAUACUGGUUAUAAAAAAGUACCUGGAUGUAGCUUGAUUGAGGUUAAUGAUGAUGUUGUUGAGUUUUAUUCUCUAGAUGAGAGGCAUCCUGAAACAAAGGAAAUAUAUGGAGCCUUGAGGGGAUUGACUAAACUGUUGAGAUCAUGUGGGUAUAUUCCAGAUCUUCAAGAGCUUGAGCAGGGGGGUUAAGGUAAAAAGAGAUAGGAUUAAUGUUUCGUAUAGUCCCUAACUAUAGUGAAAUGUUCAAUGUGGCCAUGAACUUUAAAACUCUCUAACGUGAUACCUAAAUUAUGAAUUUACUAAUUAAUGUGGUAUUUGAAGGGUUGUUUGUUUGUCACGUGUUAUCUUUGAAGUUAACUAUGUUAGGGGUGAAUGUCACAUUAGUUAACAGAUUCAUCGUUUAGGUAUCACAUUAGAGAACUUUAAAGUUCAUGUACCACAUUAAACAUUUUACUAAAAUUCAGGAAUUAUUCCUGACAUUAACCCAAAGAGAUAUUACAGAAUCUAGUAGAGUCAUUGGUCAGGAUGACAUAUCUCUAGUGGUUGAGUUUUGCUCCCAUCCUAUUUCAACAUGUGAUAUGUCUCAAGUGGUCUUCUUUUAGUUGUGAUUGUCAAAGAUUCAUGAGCAUCUUUUAAAGAAGUUCUGGAAUCUGGAAUAAACUUGCUUUGUGGAUAGCCUCACGUGCUGUGCCAUAUGUGACAUGAACUUUCCUGUUUUAUACAAUUCAGCUUUACAGGUGAAAAAUUGGAGCUCAACCUUUACUAUUGUUGAUCAGACCUCGAAUAGGCAAUGCUGCAGAAGAAUAUUGAAACGAUUGAAUCCAGAGAUACGAUUGAUCUGUGGAAGAAGUUAAAAGAUUUUGAAGGGGGCCACCAUGGUGCUCAUGAUUGUUUGUCAAAAGCCAGAGUGCUUUUUCAAUUCCAAAGGAUGUUAAACACAAAAGCUAGCAGUCAUACUGUUUUCCUCUUUAUCAUUUUAUAUCACCCAUUUUAAGCCUGGAUGAAGGUGAAUUCAUUGGAUGGGGAAAAUAAAUUAGUGAUUGAUGUAUAUCACUACCAGAAGUCCAGUAUAGAAGACUGAAUCAAACUGAAAAGUAACUACAUAAAUGAGCAAAAUGAACGGUUUACCUAAGCCAUCCAGUGUGAAAACAUGGUUAAUCCAGCUAGAUUUCCAAUUCUGAUCUGCUCAAUUCAUUCCAGCUGCCAUCAACUAGAAGAUAACAAGUCUUGUCUUGAUUCAGCAGUUGUCCAACAUUAUACAGCUGAGGUCUGAGAUUUAAAGUGAAUGUCUGCUCUGUAAUGCCAGCAAUGCACCAGCUCUUCUCAGCCCGUAUGGAAACUUGUAGCAUUCCUUAUCAUUAGCUACUUUUUUUUAGUUGCAGUGGAUUUAAUAAACAUUAUUCAGGUUGAAUGGUUUUAAAUAUUUAACAACUAUUCUGUGAAGUUUUUGAAUAAAUCAUAGUGAAUGGUUGAUUCUAGUUAUUUUUUUUCUCCUUUUAGAGCUUAAUAGACCUUUGGUACAAAUUAAAGUUUAGUGAGGAUAAAAGUGAAAAGGUGUAUAAGUAAUUUAGUUAUUUUCAACAAAAAUUACAUCCUACUUAAAAUUGCAAAUAAAUAAUUUUGUAAAGAAUUCCAGAUUUUCCUUAUUUCUAUCAUAGAGUUUCAUAAACAUCCUCAUAAUUUGUUUUAACAAAAAUACACAACCAACUAAUGCUAUGGUCCAAUGUGACUUUAUCUGUUAAUUAGUUGAAAACCUUAAUCUAAGCAUAAUUUUGAACGGUUCAUGAAAUUAUAUAGAGACAGUGACUGGCAUUAGAAU